AUGACGGGGCCAGAUAUGGAAUCAGUAGAUGGGAGACGUGAUGCUAUCAAUACAAGAUACGAAGAAUACAUUUCGUCCUAUAGUCACCACUUACCGAUGAAUUUACAGGUGGACAGUGUGGUGGCUGAACUGGGCCUCAGACCAGUGUAUGACAGUAAAGUUGGGGGCGCAGAAAUACGCGGCAUAUCUGGGGGAGAAAGAAAAAGAGUCAGCAUAGCAACUCAACUACUUGUGGAUCCAAGUAUUCUGUUACUAGAUGAGCCAACGUCAGGUCUCGACUCAUUCACGGCGCAUCAUUUGGUGGAAACUCUCUCCACGCUGUCGAAGAAUAACCGCACAAUACUCUUAACGAUACACCAACCAAGGUCGGACAUCUUUAAACUGUUUGAUCUGGUGAUGAUCUUAACUGAGGGCAAUGUUGCAUAUUAUGGAGAAGCUGCCAAAAUGAUCCCAUAUUUCACCAAGCUACAAUACCCAUGCCCAGAAUUCACAAACCCGUGUGAUUUUUAUGUUGAUCUCUGUACAGUCGAUACAAAAACUGAAGUCACAGAAAUAGAGUCUUCCCGUCGGGUGGAUUCCUUGGUGAAACAAUACUCCCAGGAAAUGUUACAAAAUGAUAGCGGAGCCUUUGUUAACGGCGCAGAGGACGAACCUACAAGACUUCGAAGGGACUUGGAGGCCACACGACUGUAUCUGCCUGGGUGGUUUACGCAGUGGGCAGUUCUGACAAGGCGUGCUCUGAUCAACAAUUUCGCCGACUAUGGUUUCCUCCUCGUCCAAAUUGCGGAAAGUGUAUUUAUGUCUCUCGUUAUCGGCGUGGUCUACCUGAACCUUCAGUUUGAUCAGUAUGCCAUGAGGGACAGGUUCGCCUUGAUGUUUAUUUUGGGUGCACUCUACCCGUACAUGAUGGUCGUGGAUGUUGUUGGCAAAUAUCAUAAAGAAAGAUGGCCACUUUAUCAUGAUCUUCAAGAUGGACUGUACACCCCUGGACCAUUUUUCUGGGCAAAGCUCGUCAGUGAGAUUCCAGAACACACACUAUUUCUGAUCCUGUAUUCAGUUCCUUAUUACUGGUUGUCCAACAUGCAGAAUGAUGCCUUACUAUUCUUCCAAACGUUUGUGAUUCUGUUUCUCACUGCGUACUGUUGCCGCUGCGUCGGCAUGGCGUUUGCUGCCGUCUUUCCCACAUGCCAAUCUGCCACCACUUUUGCACAAGGAUUUUUUGCAACUAUGCUACUCUCUGGUGGCUUCAUUAUUAACAUGGAUAAUUUAUUUGAAGGUAUGAAAUGGUUAUCCAAUGUGUCCUUUCUGAAGUGGAGUUACCAAUCCUUAUGUUUGGUUGAGCUACCAGGGUUGAACUUUACCUGUCCCUUGCCAAUAGGCACGUGUAUUCAUAAUGGGUCGGAGGCCCUGAAGUACUACUCAAUGGAAAAUAUAGAGAUGUGGAAAAGCUGCACUAUCCUUGGAGCAGAGUCCAUAUUUUUCCUUAUUGUAUUUUACAUUGCCUUAACAUUCAUCAGUCAGAAACCACAAGAGUCAUAAUUGUCAUUUUUAAACAUGAAUGACUUUUGCCAAGACAUUAUGUUCAAUAAACUCUAACAAAAAGUCAAACUGUAAAGUCAAGAGAGAACAAUGAUUAGAUUUCUAAAAUAAUUU